AUGACUGACUCCUUUGACCCCAUGGAUAUGUUCCAGUUCAUGGACGAACAAUGCGGGACUAUUAAGGUCGGCCUGGAUCUCGGCAGCUCUGGCACUCGCGUUGUUUUUAACUACACCAAAGACAAGAUUUUUGCCUCUCAUGGCUAUCCAUUCGAUGACCAAGGCCCCGUGUACAUGGGCGAAGCUCGUCUGGCCAACCGCGAAUCUGUUUCGCUCAAGUACGGAUUCUAUAUUCUUGCAAACGCAUCGGAUAGGUUCGUGGAUCAGUGUCCUAUGCUACAGAAGCUUCGUCAACACGACAGCGAGGAAUUUCGUCAAAAACUUCGAACCGGAAUCCUGGAGCUGUUGAAAACAGUCCGAAGGUGGAGCCUCGCAAAUAUGCGCAAGCACUGGAAGAUCGAUCGUCUCUCCGUAGGAAUGCCGGCGCAAUGGGGCCUGGAGUUUCAACGUGUUUUUCUGGCUCUUAUUGGAGAGGCCUUCGACUGGGACCGGAUGACGACAUACGACAAGGUCAGCUUCACCAAAGAACCUGAUAGCUUAGCUCAUUCCCUCUUGAACAGAGAGGAACCUUACGUCAGGUCAUCGAAACCUGGCCAAGUCUGGCUGGUCAUUGAGCACGGCGGACAUAACCUGAACGGAGCUUUGUUUCGCGUGGAGAAGCGCCAUGCUGGACCGCCGCGAUUUUACAGAAUGGAAGACGCAUUUGGUGCCUGCGGCGGCAGUGAGCAUCUGCUGCACAAUAUCCUGGCCGCUUUUCAAACCAAAUGCCUCGACCCCCCUGUUGGCUGCCAGGGACCCGCACGCCCAAUGUCCCCUUUCAUCGCCGAACAGAUUCGGAAACAAUUCACCAAAUCGGCGGUUAGAGAAAACUGGGGCCCUCAGCUUUACAAUCUCGGAGAGGAACAGCAGUUCACCUUUACUGUGCGCUUGGUAGAACAUGGGGAGGUUAUUUCGUGCACGUUCGACCAAGCCGAGAUCGAUCAAGCUUGGAACGAAGCGCAUAAAGCUACCUUCGAGCUUGUCGAAAAUCUACUCGAGAAGUUGAGCAAGAGUACCACAGAUGCUGUAAAUGGCACUAUCCCCGAAGCAGUGAUUUGCAUUGCCGGAGGUAGCACGAGAAGCGACCCCUGGAGGCGCAAGGUAUCGGCCAUGAUCAGAGAGGCCAACCUCCCCAUGGCGGUCUUUAUUUGA